AUGUCGGGUUACAUGAAUUCGCCCUCGAGGCCAUAUUCUCCCGGUCCCGCUCAACCCGGCGGUCCCCCGAUGGGUUCGCCGAUUCGACCGCAGAUGAUGCAGAUGGGAGGACCUCCCCGACCGUAUCCAGCUGGCAACUACCCACCCGGACAGGGCUCUUCCCCCCGACCACAGGGCUACCCGCCUCAACGCCCAAUGGGGCCGCCUCAGGUCGGCUACGGCAGACCGGUCGGCACCCCGAAGCGACCCGCGGACGCUAGAGGACCCCCGAUGUCCAGGCCGGGUGGGCCCAAUCAGCCCCCUCAGCAACAGCCCCCGAAGAAGAAGAAGAAACUCGCCGACAAAAUCCUGCCGCAACGAGUCCGCGACCUCGUGCCCGAGUCCCAGGCCUAUAUGGAUUUACUGGCGUUCGAACGGAAACUCGACUUCACCAUCAUGCGCAAGCGUCUCGAUAUUCAGGAGUCUCUGAAACGACCGAUGAAACAGAAGAGAAAACUCCGAAUCUUCAUCUCGAAUACAUUCUUCCCUGGUCAGAAUGCGAAUGAAGCACCGGCGGACGGUGCUCCUCCUCAGGCCGAGACGGUGCCUUCGUGGGAACUGCGUGUCGAAGGACGUCUACUCGAAGACACUAAAGAAGGAGCACCCAAGGGCCCGAAGCGCAAGUUUUCCUCGUUCUUCAAGUCACUCGUUAUCGAACUGGACAAGGAGCUCUACGGACCCGAUAAUCAUCUCGUCGAAUGGCAUCGUACCCCGACAACGAACGAGACCGAUGGCUUCCAAGUGAAACGACCCGGCGACCGGAACGUCCGAUGUACGAUUCUCUUGCUCUUGGACUACCAGCCCCUGCAGUUCAAACUCGAUCCUCGUCUCGCCAGGCUGCUUGGCAUCCACACCCAAACCCGUCCCGUCAUCAUUGCCGCGCUCUGGCAGUAUGUCAGGACGCAUAAUCUGCAGGACUCACAUGAACGCGAGUUCAUCAACUGCGACAAAUAUUUGGAGCAGAUAUUCCAGACCACCCGGAUGAAAUUCGCCGAGAUCCCGCAACGGCUGCACCAGCUCCUCCAUCCGCCGGAUCCCAUUGUCAUAAACCAUUUGAUUACGGUCGAUGCGCAGGAUACGAAGAAAACCGCCUGUUACGAUAUCGAUGUAGAAAUCGACGAUACCCUCAAAAGCCAAAUGAAUCAAUUUGUUCUGUCAACGUCGAACCAGCAAGAGAUCCAACAGCUGGAGCAUAAAAUCCACGAGACCGUGGAAACGAUCAACCAACUGAAGACCCAUCGAGAGUUCUUCCUUUCGUUUGCGAAGGAGCCGCAAUGCUUCGUGAACAAAUGGCUCAUAUCACAGAGUCGGGACUUGAAAACAAUGACCGAUGUAGUAGGCAAUCCUGAAGAAGAGCGGCGCGCGGACUUCUAUCAUCAACGAUGGGCGAGUGAAGCUGUUUGCAGAUAUUUCUAUGGGAAAGUUCAGCAGAAGAGAGCUGAACUCGAACAGGCUCUCGGCAUCCGAACUUAAUUAUUUCAACAGCGUCACUCCGAGGCCGCCUGAGGUAUAUCCGAAUUCAUAUGAGCACAUUCGCGAUUAUCUAUUGCUAAAUAAAUAUAUUGAUAUUCG